AUGCCUAUCGGUAGUAUUGAACCGUAUAACUUUUCGAAUAAUAACUGGGAUGCGUAUGUACGCCGGGUGAAGCAGUUUAUAGCACUAAAUAACAUCGCCGACACAUUGCACGUGGCCACGUUAGUAACCAUUGUAGGCGCAGAGUGUUACGAAUUAAUGUGCGACUUGUGUUCCCCGAAUACCCCGGAAUCAAAAUCAUUUGAGGAUCUAGUUAAGCUAGUGAAAGAGCACCUGGAACCUGACAGAUCGGAAAUUGCGGAAAGGCAUAUUUUCCGACAGCGAACGCAACGUCAAGGAGAAAGUGUUCGUGAAUACUUGCAAGCGCUAAAACAUUUGGCAAAAACCUGUAACUUUGGAGAUAAGCUGGAGGAGAACUUGCGCGACCAGUACGUAUCGGGUUUGUGCAAUGAAGACAUGAGAUCGAGGAUCUUCGCGGAGAGGAACGUGGACUACAAGCGCGCAGUGGAGCUCGCACAGGCGCUGGAGGCGGCGGAGCGGCACGCGGCCACGGCGAGCGCGCAGGGCGCGGGCGGCGCCGGUGCGCGGGCGCACGACGACGGCUUGCAUCGGCUGGGCGCGGGCGGCGCCGGCGGCUCCCGGGCCAACGCGGGAGCGCCCCGGCCGCAGCGCGCAUGCCCACGGUGUGGUAAAGUAGGGCAUGUCGAGGGCAAGUGUCGUUUCAAAUACUACAAUUGUGAUGAAUGUGGUCAACGGGGCCAUAUAAAAGCAGUGUGUGUUAAAGGCAAUAAAGUGAGUGGCAAGAACGCAACGAAAAAUCAAUUCUUUUUGAAUGGAUCGGACUCGGACGAUGAAGGUUGUAAUUUUUAUAAUUUAGUAGUUAGCAGUGACGGUGAUGGGCCUUAUUUUGCAAAUUUAAAAGUAGAAAACAUUUUAUGUAAAUUUGAAAUUGACACCGGAAGCAAAUUGUCUGUUAUUUCUAAAAAGUUUUAUGACAGAAAUUUCUCUAAUUUACCAAUUGAACAGAAACAAAUUACCUUAAAAUCGUAUACCGGUGACGUCAUUGAGACUUUGGGCUUUAUUAUGGUCAACGUUAGUUGUGGCAAAAAACAAGCAAAGUUAAAUUUAUUUGUUAUUGAAAACGGCGGGCCGCCAUUGAUGGGCCGUACGUGGAUAAAAUGUUUAAAAUUGGGAAUAGUAGAAUGCCACAAUUUGACUGAGGAGGACUCGAUGGCGAUUUCUUUGCGAAAAGAAUUCCCAGAUGUAUUUGCUGAAGGUUUAGGUACGUUUAAGUCUAAAUUUAAAUUGUAUUUAAAAGAUGAUUCACCUGUUUUUAUUAAAGCGCGACCCAUACCGUUAGCAUUGCGACAACCAGUCGAAAGGGAGCUCGAACGAUUGCAGCGGGAUGACGUCAUUUACAAAGUUGAGAGGUCAGAUUAUGGCACGCCUAUUGUGCCUGUUGUUAAAGCGAAUGGCAAUAUUAGAUUGUGCGGUGACUACAAAGUCACAAUAAAUCCACUUUUAAAAGACUAUCAUUACCCGUUGCCUCGUAUCGAGGACCUUUUUGCGGCCUUAGGAGGGGGUGAACAGUAUACUAAAUUAGAUUUAUCCAAUGCAUUUCAACAAUGUAUUUUAGAAGAAGACUCGCAAGCGAUGACAGCCAUUACUACUCACAUUGGUACUUUUUUAUAUAAGCGCGUACCGUUUGGUAUUAAAUGCAUUCCUGAAAAUUUUCAAAAAAUCAUGGAAGAGACUCUAAGUGGCCUGCCAUCGACUGCUGUAUUCGCUGAUGAUAUCUGUGUCACAGGGAAAGAUAAAUCAUCCCACUUGGCGAAUUUGAGAGCGGUGCUACAAAGGCUUAAUGAAAAUGGGUUAAGAAUAAAUUUUAGCAAAUGCCAAUUUUUCAAGGAUAGCGUUACCUACUUAGGGUAUAAAAUUGAUAAACUUGGUUUACAUACAGAUUCAAAAAAAAUUGAAGCCAUUGUAGCAGCGCCCGCACCAACCAAUGUUACUCAAUUAAAAAGUUUCAUGGGUCUGGUAAACUUUUAUUCUAAAUUCUGUGCAAAUAUGAGUGAUAUUUUAAAGCCUAUGUACGAUCUGUUGAAAAAGAAUGUUCAGUGGAACUGGACAGCUGAUUGUGAUAGGGCUUUUAAUAAAAUAAAAACGGUGUUAAGCAGUUCCCCUGUGCUCGCGCACUACGAUCCAAACUUAGAGUUGAUUUUGUCGGUUGACAGCAGCGCGUACGGCCUGGGCGCGGUGCUCACGCAGCGCCGCGCGGACGGCGCCGAGCUGCCGGUGUGCUGUGCCUCGCGCACUCUCAACAGUGCCGAAGCUAACUACUCUCAGAUAGACAAAGAGGCGCUCGCUAUCGUGUUCGGAGUCACUAAGCACCAUCAGUACCUAUACGGGAGACACUUUACUCUGAGGAGCGACCAUCGACCUUUAAGUUACAUUUUUGGUAAAAAUAAGGGUCUGCCGGUGACUGCGGCAAGUAGACUACAACGUUACGCGGUUAAGUUAGCGGCAUACGACUUCUCUAUAGAAUUCGUUAAAUCGGAAAAAAACUGUUUUGCCGAUGCUCUUUCUCGUCUUCCUCUAGAAUUGACCAAAAAGCAACUACGAGGUGAAGACGAGGAAGGUAGGUAUUUGCAUUACGCACAAGAUAGCUUUCCGAUCAGUUUUAACGAUAUUAAAACGGAAACGGCAAAGGACGUGCUUUUAAGUAAAAUAUACGGAUUCGUAAUGUAUGGUUGGCCGAAUAGAUACGCGUAUAAUGAAAUUGAAAAGAUUUAUUUUAAUAAAAAAGAUUAUUUAUAUAUUGAUCAGGGAUGUUUAGUAUGGGGUUAUCGUAUUGUGGUCCCAAAGUCAUUACGAAAUUGCAUCAUGAAAGAGAUCCACGACGGCCACCCGGGUAUAGUUAAAAUGAAACAAAUCGCACGUAAUUAUGUUUGGUGGGAAAAUAUAGAUCGAGACUUAGAGGAGGUUGCGCGCGAGUGUUUACCGUGCCGGGAGCUGCGGCCCGCGCCCCCCGCCGCGCCGCUCCACUCGUGGCCCUGGCCAGCGGAGCCAUGGGCACGAUUGCACGUCGAUUUUCUCGGCCCGUUCAAUAAUAAUUAUUAUCUCAUAAUAAUUGAUGCACAUUCAAAAUGGAUCGAAGUAGAAAAAGUCAACACAACCUCAGCCAACGCAGUUUGUGAUAGUUUGAGACGUCAUUUUUCUCGUUUCGGUUUACCUAAACGCAUAGUAAGCGACAACGGACCGCCAUUUUCAUCUGCCGCUUUCGCUGAAUAUUUAAAUUGUAACGGUAUUAAACAUACUUUAGUGCCACCAUAUCAUCCCUCGAGCAAUGGAGCUGCUGAAAACGCCGUGCGCACUAUUAAAAGAGUACUCAAAAAGGCAGAAUUAGAAAGAGAAGACACGAAUAGGGCGUUGAGUAGAUUUUUGUUUAUGUACAGAAAUACCGAACAGAGUACGACGGGACGCGAACCUGCAGUCGCCCUGAUGGGCCGGCGGCUGCGCGGCCGCCUGGACCUGCUGCGCCCCGACGCCGCCGAGCGGGUGCGCGCGCGCCAGCUCGUCGAGGAGGCCCGGGACGAGGCCCCGUUACGCGUUGCCAAACAAAACGAGCCAAUUUUGAUACGUAACUAUUCCAAGUCGGGCAAUAAGUGGGAGGAGGGCGUGGUACAUGAGCGCAUUGGACCUGUAUCCUACAAUGUGACUACAAAGAACGGUCAUACACAUAAGCGUCACAUCGAUCAGAUACUCGCUAGGAAGUCACGUCAUUCACUGAGCCGAGUGAUGGAUAAUUCGCAUAACAAGUCAAAUUCGGCUUGUUCUAAAGACACGUCGGUCGGUGAUGGUGACCACGAACAUGACGAGUCAUUUGAUAGUGCGGAGGAAGGAUCGAGCACGGGCGCGGCCUCUCCGGCGCCGACCUCGCCAUCGACGUUGCUGUCUCCGACGGCACAGCCUACUGAUAAAAUGCGCAGGGAAGCUGCUAUACGUUGUUGCAAAAAACUUAAAAAUGUUAACUAA